CUGGGGGAUCUCUACACCAGAAUGCUCCUUACCCACCUUCACAGCAACAAUCCCCACAGAUGGAGACAGAAGCAUCUGACUCGAGAAAACGACCAUUAGAAACCCCAACAGAGGCUACAAGCACCAAGAGGUCCAACACUGCAGGAGAGGAUGGUGAGCUGUUCCUGAAAGUGCUCAUCCCAAGCUAUGCAGCUGGUUCCAUUAUUGGAAAAGGGGGGCAGACAAUUGUCCAGCUGCAGCGAGAGACAGGAGCUACAAUCAAAUUGUCAAAGUCCAAGGACUUUUAUCCAGGAACAACUGAACGUGUGUGCCUGGUUCAAGGAUCAGCAGAAUCCUUGCUUUCAGUGCAUAACUUUAUUGCUGAAAAGGUGCGUGAGGUACCCCAAGGUGGAACAAAAAAUGACUUGGGAGUUCUUCUGCCUCCUCAAACAACCAUCAAUGCAGAGCGUGCAAAACAGGCAAAGCUUAUUGUUCCGAACACAACAGCAGGACUGAUUAUUGGCAAGGGAGGUGCUACUGUUCGCAGCAUUAUGGAGGAAUCAGGAGCCUGGGUUCAGCUCUCCCAAAAGCCUGCAGGACCCAAUCUCCAUGAGCGAGUGGUGACAGUGAGUGGAGAGCCUAGUCAAGUCCAGAAGGCAAUACGCAGUAUUAUCCACAAAUCCCGUGAAGACCCUCCACAAGGAACGACACACCUUAACAUAAGUUACACCAACUCACAGGGGCCAGUUGCCAACUCAAACCCCACUGGCUCACCCUAUGCUGGUGGAUCAGCAGAGCAAGUGCUUACUCCCUUUCAGCCAGCUCCACCAGCUCCACCAGCGAUCACAGGAGGAGACCUACUAGCUAUUUCUGCUGCUCUUAAUACUCUAGCCAGCUACGGUUACAGUACAGGGAUGGGCUUCAAUCCUCUAGUAGGUGGAGUCCAUCCAGCUGCAGUUAAUCUUCUUGCUUCUUACACAGGGGAAGCUGGUCCAGCUUUGGGACUGGGAGGGGGAGGAAUUCUUCUGGAGAAGAUGGGAGCUGAAAGUGUGACGGGUAAAGAAACCCUGGAGAUGGCUGUUCCAGAGACACUUGUAGGCGCCAUCUUGGGAAAGGGUGGCAAGACAUUGGUUGAAUACCAGGAGCUAACAGGAGCUCGCAUCCAAAUCUCCAAAAAAGGAGAGUUUGUACCAGGGACAAGGAGUCGAAAGGUGACCAUCACAGGGCCCCCAGGGGCUACACAGGCAGCACAAUAUUUAAUUGGUCAGAGGGUAGCCUAUGAGCAAGGGGUCAGGUCCAGUAAUACCCAAAAGGUUGGGUAGGAUUACAUUUAGUUUGACAGGAGAGAAUGUUGUGUGUGAGAGUGAUGGCAUUUCUAGGUCUGAAAACUGCAGAAGCAUAUUAGAGCCUGCAAGGUCAAAAAGUAGGCCAGAUUAUGAAAUGGUUCUGUGUAGGAUGUAGAUGUGUAUGUAUAAAUCUGUAUGAGUGUGGAUGUGAGUGUUGACAAUUCUGAGCCUUGAACUUUGAAGACAAGACAGGAAAAUGGUGGCAAACACUGGUAUCUCUAUAACAGAACUGGCUAGUAAAUAGCAUGGCACCAUUUAAGGGUAAUCAGCCUGGCUCCUUCAUGCAAAAUUGAUUCUUUUUACCCAAAAAUGUGAACAUUUUCAUUUUAACACAGAAAAGCAAUGUGAAUGGAUUUUGCACAAAAACUUGUUGAACGUUCUGGUAAAAAUGGGUGCCACAGAUACACUGAUAGUUUAGGAUAGAAAAAUAAUAGACACGAGCGACCAUGGAACAUGGCUUUCUUAUGUGUGUUGGGAACAUGGUAUUCCCUUUCCCCAAUCUAAGUGAUAUAAUAAAACAACUGGAACAGUCUCCCCAUCACCACUGUGGCUUGAAUGAGCAUAGUAAACCUGUCAAUAUAUAUCUUUCAGUCUGGAACAUUUUUUGCAAACAGAGUGGACAAUGGCAUCCAUUGAAAUCUUUGGUUGAAUGCAAAAGAAAGCAAGACAGUUUGUUUGUUUUUAAUUUAGCUGCCAAAUUGAUACUAGUAUCAAAGAUGGAUGCCUAUUUGUUCCUCUAUAGAUGGUACAGUGCCACAGACUUAAGUUAAUCUGUUCAUUUCUGUACUGGCACAUCGACGCUUAGGAUUUGCUCUUUAACAGUGACAGAUAGUGAAGGGUAAAAACACAGUGGUGAUAUGUAUGCUUUUUCUUUAAGUUAGGGCCUUCUUCUGUACAUAGUGACCUUGACAGAUAGGCCCUCUGUACUAAUUUGUCCAGCUCAAGACAAUGUAGUGGCCCUUAUUGUGAGGCUGUGUAAAUUUAUUUCUUCUGUGCCGGUCUGGCACCUAUUUUAUCAUUAAUGUUAAAUGUAAAAUAAUAUAAUAUAUACUAUAGCAUACUAAAUAUAAAAUGUUCCUUUAUACCAUUUCCUGUUCCCAUAAAAUUGUGCCAAAAUGACAUUUAACAUAAUAUGUAGUGCCAAAAUGUAGCAUUAGCUGCAAUAAUAUGAUCUCCUCUAUAAUUUAGAUAGGCUACAGAUUUUGUUUUUCUUUUUACUUCUUUCAUGCAAUGCAUCCAGAACUGUGGGGAUUUAAAAUGUUAGAUUAUUAAGUUCCAGUAAGCCUUUACUUGAUUGGUGAUAACAAAACUUCUCAAAAACAAUAAACUGUGUUUUGGUGCGUCUUUGCAGCCAAAAUGUUAAAAUACACAUAACUGAUGCUUUAUAAAGUAUUCAGGGGGGAAAUUUAUGGACUAUACUCAGGUCUGUCUGGCUUUGACAGCACAUAUAAUAUCAUAUAAGGUAAUGAUCCUUAGUAAAAACCUACCCAAAAAACUGCCACUCCUAACCAAACUCUGUUUUUCUGUAUAGGAGUAACCUGUCUGUAAUACUGAAUGUGCCAAACUCUCUUUGCUUAUAAAGGUUCAGAUAUCUAUGAACAA